AGCGGUUUUUCCUCGGUGGUUUUCGUCAAGAUGGACACAAGAAGUUGGUAAAGACACCUGCCUAUGGAGGAAGUGGAACUAAUCUAGCUGGACUUGCACAAGAUAUCUCAUCUUGUUCGGCUAGUGGCGAUGUAGUUGCAGGAGAAGCGACGCGUGCCUUUGCUACAUUGGCUGCGAUGCCUGGGGAGAAGAAAAGAGCAACACAGGCCACUAAAAAAGGGUUGUACCGCACACCGUCAAGCUCGGGUGGUCUCUCUGCGCAGGUGGAUACUACUAGCCCUGAUGUUGAAGAUGCGAUUGCGAUGAAUGGGUCGCCUCUGUUACAUCAAGGUCUUCCACAACAGACUGAUGUAACUGGUGCUACAACUACAUCCUCUCAGGUGGACGACGGUACAACAAGUGCCCCCUCACCUUCAACAAAUUCAAACCAGAGCUCUCCUUCUAGCACGUCGAGGACCAGGAACAAGAAGAACAAAGAGAGCUCUUCAUCGACUCCUAGCACAUCGAUAUCGCGAGAAAAAACGUUAUCAUUAUCGUUUUUUUGAAUUUUUGAGAAAAGCACGACGUGGAGCACUGCGAUCCUGGGGCUUUCCGCCUUGCGAUGGGCAAGCCGGCCCUCCCUCCACGAGGUGCCGCAGCAGACGCUGCGCUCCUCCUCCCAUUGACGCGGCCCUUCAGUCAUGGCUGGGCAUGAUGGUACCGCUAAGCUCUGAGGCCGCGGCCUCCGCUUACGCACGCCCAUGGGGCAGUAUCGUGGCCCGGCCCUGCAAACUUAUCCGCAAAAGUAGCCCACCGUGGGCACCAAGCUCAGCGCACUCGGAAAGCAGCCCCCCUGGCAAUCGUUGGGGUGAUUCCUGGGGGCAAGCAAUAUGAAACGCCGAGCCGAUCGAGGGGAAGCCGCGACGCCACUUCGCUCAAGAUCCAAGAAGGCGAGCAGCCGAUCGAGAGCCGCAGACGCGCGAGCGGCUGAAGGGGUCAGUUGGAGGGGGUGUUCGAGGGGGGUCCUUGUUUUCAGGGGCCCCAUUUGAUAAGGCUUCUGGCGCCCGACAGAUAGGUGAUAACGCUUCUGGCGCCCGACGCUCUUCGCCGAAGCCCAAAAACACACGCUAAAUUUUCAGAACCUCGAGGGGCAAGCGGAUGACAGGUGGGCGCCUUUUCUGCUUGCUCGUUCUCGUUUUUUUGGCGAGUGUUUGGAGGGGUCGAUGGAGGGGGGCGGCGGACCACCUCCGGCCCGGCUAGAGGACCAGAGCGGCCACAGCAGGAAGGGGGCGCCGAGUCGCUAGAGGUCGGAGAAGGUGGGGCGCCAGAGGUGGCGGAGCGGCCGCAAGCAGCAGGGCUGCGGGCCAUCCCCUGACACUCGGGCCCCAGAUUCGCGAGGGGACAGGGAAACAAGCUACACGCAUGCGCGUCUGCCAUUGCUGGAAGCGCCUCCCGGAGAGCGCAGCACCACCCAGCAGCCAGAGCAGGACAGCAGCGCGCGCGGCGCCGCUGGUUUGUUGUCUCAGUCAUGGGAAGCGCAGCCCACCCACAGACGCGCCAAGAGGAAGCGGCGAAUGCUGGCGCCCCUCCAUUCUUAUGUCCACGCGCACAGCGUCCCACCAAUGCUUGGAAUUUGCUACCCCAAUCUGAAAAAAUCAAAAAAACGAUAAUGAUAACACUUUUUCCUGCGAUAAUCGAGGACCAGGAACAAGAAGAACAAACAUCAGCAACAUGGAGAAGAUUUACCAUUAUGGCAAGUGCCUGAGUUGAAUGACGAGGGGCUAGAAAUCUUCAGCGGCUUCUCUGAGGAUCACCUUCCCGCAUACUUGCAGGUUGAUACUUCUGAAGAUGCUCGUGUAUCAGAAAAAGACUUAUUGAAGUUUCU